AUAUAUCAUCUAGGUAUUGCUUUGUGUUGACAUUUCAUUGAUGUUUAAAGUGCGAGUAAAUUAGCGAGUCUGUUUUUGGAAAAGCUGCGCAAUUUUCCUAAUAGGGAAAGCUUUUUCUGUUUCGCCUUGCAUUUCUCAAUCAAACGCUUGAUUAAGUAAUCAUUGGAAAGCGUGGACCUAACGCAUCUCCUUUUAAGGCACACUGAAAACAAAUUUUUCUUUAUAUCCAAAAUUUUUUAAGAAAUGUUUUCUAUUAUACGUAAUAUCACGCCACCACGAUUUCAGUUGGCAACUGUUAUAUACAGAAUACUUCAGGGCGCUGAUGUGAACCAUUUUUCGGUCGGGAAACCAAUUGCAUCAAUUAUUGGUGCAUCUGCGUUCAUAAAUCAAAGAAGCUUCUCGGAUAAACCUUACGACCAGGAAACCGCAAACAGUUUGAAGAAAAUGGAAAAUAAAGCCGAAAAAAUAAAUGUAAAUAAGGAAGAGUUGAAGAAGCGCCUAACACCACUGCAGUAUCAAGUGACACAGGAGGCUGCUACAGAGCGACCAUUUACAGGUUGUUACAACAAACACUAUGAAAAGGGUUUAUACCGUUGUAUUGUUUGCCAGCAGGACCUCUUCAGUUCCGAUACCAAAUAUGAUUCAGGUUGCGGUUGGCCCGCAUUCAAUGAUGUGCUUGAUAAGGGCAAAAUAACAUUACAUCGUGAUGCGAGUAUCCCAGGGGGUAAUAUUUUACUACUAAUUAAACAUCCAGAACGUAUACGCACAGAAGUACGCUGCGCCCGCUGCAACGCUCAUAUGGGCCACGUCUUUGAGGAUGGACCAAAGCCGACACGUAAACGCUAUUGUAUUAAUUCAGCAGCGGUCGUUUUCGUUUCGGUUGACGAGUUGAAUGGUGCCAAUGGUGUUAGUGCUACGAGUGCGCCCACACCUACCGCCACGCCCAUUGCGCAACAAUAACGACGCACGAUAUCGAUACACUAAACGAGAAAACGGUACAAAUAUCAACGAUCUGAUGGAUGCUUGUCAGAGAUUACAGAGAGACUAUGCUGAAAAUUGAAAUAGUAGAAUUUUAUUAAAAACAAAAAAGCGUAAAAAAGCCAAAUUGCUGACUGUUGGGUGUGGCCAAAUAUUAUUAUUGUAUUUAAAUAACAAGUAAAAACUACAAGGAGAGCAGGUAGAAAUAUGCAAAAGAAAUGCUUAGUUAAUAAUAGUAAACAAUUAAAACAAAAAUAAAAGUAAUAAAAGAUUUGUAAUUUUCAAUAUAUUUUAACUAAAUUCUAACUAACAAUCUGUUGUUUGCUAAGAGAAAAAUAACCAUUAAGCAGCUAAAUGCGAUCUUUUAGAUUUUUUGAAUUAAAUUUUUUUUGCAGCCACACAAUUCCAAUGUAUACCAAAUAUACUUAUGUGUCUACGUAUAAAAUAUGUAAAGUUAUGAUUUUAAAUUCGUUAUCACGAUUAGUCAAUUAGCCUCAUGAUAAAACUAAAUAACUCUUGCUUGCUUGGCUAAUUAACAGCUGUCAAUUAUUUUGUAUAUAAAUAGUGUUUUUGUUUUGUUUUUUUCUAAUCUGAUAAAACAAAUAAAUGAUGGUAUUUUUGAUAAAAUACAAAA